CUCCAUGCACAGUGUUGCUGCAAACUCUCCACAGGAAACUCUGAGCCAUAAUGCGAAGGCACCUCAGAGCAGACGGGUGCAUUGCUCAAACCUAGUGGGAUACGGCGCAGCUUUGAUAGCGCGUUAAUUACUCAUGUGAUGUGAUACAGAUGUCUGGGGGGCUUCAGCUGAAAGUUUGCCUGACGGUUUCCAAGGGGGCCAGGCAGGCGUUUUAGAAGCGCUGUGAAAAACGGAGGCAGCCUUCCAGCGAUCAAAUAAAAGUGCUCAAUAAUGGGGACCACAGCUCAGCUGCUCAUGCUAAUGGCCUGUUUGGCAGCCAGAGGAAUGUGCCAGAUAAAGGAGGCCGAGGACCCUCUGCAUGCCGUCCUGGUCCACUCCACCCUGCAGUCGGUUGGUUUCCACAGCACCGUCAGUCCCACAGGAACCGCUCUCCCUCCGUUCGUCUCAGGAGCCCGGGCUCAAGCUUUGGAAUCCGGCUCUGCUAACGCCACGGUCCUGAAGCAACCGGUGCGACCCCCAAAGUGCCUUGUGAACCCCUCAAUUAGCAACUAUUUUAAGUACAUCAACACCGUCAUUUCUAUUAUCGUCUUUGUGGUGGGCCUGGUGGGAAACGCCACCCUGCUGAGGAUUAUUUACCAGCAUAAGUGUAUGAGGAACGGCCCCAACGCCCUCAUCGCCAGCCUCGCCCUGGGUGACCUUAUCUACAUCUUCAUUGACAUACCGAUCAACGUGUACAAGCUCCUGGCGUCCCGUUUCCCCUUCGAUGACCACUGGUUCGGCCUGUGCCUGUGCAAGCUGGUGCCUUUCCUGCAGAAGGCCUCCGUUGGCAUCACAGUGCUGAACUUGUGUGCCCUCAGUGUGGACAGGUACCGAGCUGUGGCUUCCUGGAGCCGAGUGCAGGGGGUGGGCAUCCCUUUGCUCACCGUCAUCGAGAUCGUGUCCAUCUGGGUGCUGUCUCUGAUCCUGGCAGUGCCGGAGGCUGUCUGCUUCGACAUGGUCUCCUUCAACUACAGUAACAACACCAUGCGCACCUGCAUGCUCAACCCGACCAACAGCUUCAUGGUGUUCUACAGAGAUGCAAAGGACUGGUGGCUGUUUGGUUUUUACUUUUGUGUCCCACUUACCUGCACCGCCAUCUUCUACACUCUGAUGACCUGCGAGAUGCUAAACCACCGCAACGGCAGCCUUCGUAUCGCACUCAGUGAACACCUCAAACAGAGAAGGGAGGUGGCCAAAGCCGUCUUCUGCCUUGUCCUGAUCUUUGCCCUCUGUUGGUUCCCUUUGCACCUCAGCAGGAUUCUCAAGAAGAUGGUUUACCGCCAGAAUGACAACAUGCGCUGUGAGCUUCUCAAUUUCCUUUUGGUCUUGGAUUACCUGAGCAUCAAUCUGGCAACAAUCAACUCCUGCAUAAACCCCAUCAUUCUUUACUUCGUCAGCAAGAAGUUCAAAAACUGCUUCAAGUCGUGUUUGUGUUGCUGGUGUUACUCCGACAACCAGCUGAACAGCAUCGGACUCGUGAAUGGUACCAGUGUCCAGUGCAAAAGCCCAGAACCCAACAACCUCAACACUGACAAGAGUAUCAGGAAGGACAGCAACUGAUGGAGAUUAAAACCAACAACAACAUGAGGCUCAUCAAUAUAAACAGACUCAUAUUGAAGCUACAGAUCCGUCUGGAAGAAAACUAAGUGGAACUGGAAUAAAAGAAACCAACCAAGGACUGGGUUUCUGAGAAAAUCCCCCCACACCCCCAUACAACCACACACACACGGUUCCCACACCCCCAGAUAGUGACAUAGUAGCCUGAGAGGAAGGGAAGGGUGAGGAGGAUGAUGGGGAGUAUUCUUUGAAGGGAUGCAGCUGAACUCUAAAAAUGAAUCAGAAGCAGAGCGUGUUUGUUUCUGGAAACACCAGGAAGGAUGCAGCGAGAGAAAGGCCCAAGGGACGGCUGGCUGCAAGGAGACACAUCUACAAGCUGUUCCCAGAAGUCUGCUACGCACUGGGAUUAUUCCACCCCACAAGCAUGUUACUGACUCCAACCACAAUAAUUAUUAAGACUGAAGGUUUGGCUUUUAUUUGACCCAUGCUCACUUAGCUGGAACCACACUGUUUACUUUUACUGAUCCUUCUAGACAUUGGCAAAAAUAAACAGUGGAGGAGCGAAAAUCAAAUUAAACGUGGGCAAAGACCUUUGUUAAAUACAGGUAAAGUAUUAGAAGAUUUUGUGGAGUUAAGAAUAAACAGUGGUAACAGUUACAAACCUGCUUUUUCAAAGCACUUGUAAGCUCUAGUUAAAAGACGUGUGUUAUUACUUCUACCAUGUCUCGUUUUAGAUUGUUUUCGAGAUUUUAACUGACAGAUAUAUACAGUUCUAUAUGCAAAUAUCAAUAAAUAUGUGAGAAAACUACAUGGAACCAAAAAGAGUAUGCAGGUGAAAGUUGUUUUAUAUGAAAUUGGCAACAUUUCCAGUUUGGAUGUGAGAAAAUGGAUAAAUUAGAGCAAUGGAGCAGUGGGGAAAGGAAGUCAGAAGCAUAGAGAUCUAACUAACAGGCACCAUGCAGAGAAAUUUAAAAACGCUCACCCCAUGAGCAAAUAGCUACUUAUAACUAAAAUUGUGAGUCAAGAAACUAGAUGACCAACUGCAGGAUGACUCCUUUAUAUUAGCUAGACUUGCUCUGGCUGUGUGAAACAGCAACAGUUCAAUUAUGGAGACAAAUUUGUUCCAACAUUACUGAAAGAAAAAAAACAAGCUUCAAAAAUAGAUAUAAAAAAUUAAUUUUAAAAAAUGGAACUUAAAUAUAUUCUUAAAUAAAGAAAAAAGCCUUGUAGGGUUCUUCUAUAAUUUGUAUGCAAAUGUUUAACCACUUUUUUAAAGGUUUGUUAUUUUUUCAGAUUUGAUUUUCCUAGUUUUUGGUUCUUAAAAUAAAAAAAGCUAUUUUUUUUUUUUUAAAUAUUACUUUUUUUCAAACUUUUUUGAUUUAAAGUUUUAGUUUAUUUAGGUUUUAGUUUAUAAAUUGGUGGGGGGGUCAACUUUUGCAUACAUGUUAUGAAGGACUGUCAAAAACACUUGAGAUUGAAUUUUAAGAAUUACAUUUCUGUAAAAACAGCUAAAAUAUAAAUAGCUAAAAAAAUUGGUUGAACUUUUGUAUACACAUAAAGUAUAAUCAAAAUCUUUUAUUUCAUCGAGUAAUUUUUCAAAGUUCAAUUUCAUAAACACAUUUCUUUCAAAUUUCCUUUUUCAAAUUUCUACAUUUCUUUGCUUUCAAUAGUAUUUAAAGAAUUUUUUUCAUCGUUUUUAAUUACACUUUUUCCCACCAAUUAAUCAUCAGUUUAGCUGUAGCUUCAACAAAAAGGACACCAUUUGUAAGGACAUCUGUCCAUUUAUUAAAUGUCCCAUCGAGCUAAUGUUUGACAUUUGGUGGUUCAAAGAGUGGUCUGCAAGAAAAAAAUACCUCACACCCUAAUGAAUUAAAACUUGUCACUUCUGCAGCCAGUUAUGUGGUGUAAAAAGGCAGAGAAAAUAUUUUGACAAAGUGCAAAUUAAUUUUAUUUCAUGAUGCAAACCACAGACAUCAUUAUGAUAGUAUCAUAAUGAUAAAACAAUAAAAGUGAAGAUAGUAUAACUCUUUAUUACAUCUUUCUCAGGUAGCUGUAUAGUGGUGACUCUCAUACAUUGCUCUCUAAAACUAUUCAAAUUUAGAAAGGCUUCUUCAGGACAGCAGUUACAUAAAAAUAAUUACAUAAUAAUCACAUUUAAUCGUCAAGUGUGCCAAUCCCUUGGAAAUAAGAUAAAAUAAACAAAUUCUGACAACUGUCCCAUGUUUUGGAGUUUUUAAACCAUCAUUAAUUCCCAUUUACUGUUUAGAUCAGUGGUUGCCAACCUUUUUUGUGUACCCCUUAUGCCAUAUUAUCAUACCAAGAGUUUCCCCCCUUGGCCUAACGUGUUAUUUUCCAUAAACAGAAUGUACAGCUGAUUAUAAAAUGAAAAAUAUUUAUUUAAUUUCCCUAUCUUGGAAAUGUAUUACUCAAACAUGUCAUUCUUUUCGUUUUACACAUUUAUCCUCGACUGCAGCUUCUUUGGUGCGUUCUUCACUUGUGACCUUUGUCUUUGCCCCCGUCUUCCUGCUUUCACUAUUAGAGAAGUAGUGCAGGUGCACAGCAACAAUACCCACUCUAGUUUUCAAUGAAAAUAUUGAUGAGGACAUUUUUUUUAAUCUUUUUGAUUGAUAAAUUCUUGGUUUAUUUUGCAUUUAAGUCCUUACAGAUCAAAACCCAUCCCAGCCCUAUUUUAUUGUAUUUCUUUACCUGGGGAGUAAAAUAUUAGAUAUUUUCACGUACCCUGUAAUGCAUUGGCAGACCACUAGGGGUACUGGUACCCCUGGUUGGGAGUCACUGGUUUAGAUGAUCAAUUAAAUGACAGGAAAUUGACUAUGAUAAUGAUAGCGAUACAUGAUAUGAUAAACCCACACUCCUACGCUAAUAAACAACCCUCUCGGCCGCCUUGAUUGUCUUUCUGCUGCCAAAUCAGUGGAUUCUUAUGACCACAGCUUCCAACUUUGGUUUGUUCCUUUCCUUCAAUCAAUCAGUGUUUGAAUACAGAAACUACACCAAUUGUCCUGCAAAAAAAGGAAAGUUUAAGGGCUAACUAAUUUAUUUACUGCCAGUUAAACGCUACACAUCCCGCUCAGACGACCUUUGGAAAUGUUCUUUUUGUAAAGAAAAAAGUCUGUUCCGUUUAAAAGAAUAAUUUUUCUUUAUGACAAUGCAUUUUAGCUUCAGACACCAAUGGAUGGAAUAAUAUCUAAGGUUCAGUUUAGGCAACUGGACAUGAAGCUCUUCCAGUUGCCUAAACUGAACCUUUCACGCUAUGGAUGAAAGGCUCCAUUGUGUUAAAUACUUCUACAGCUUCUUAUCUGCUUUAACAAUAACAAAAAUUAAGAUUGGAAUUUCUUUACCGUGUGUUUCCUACCUUUAAGAGUCGGAGGUUUUCUGGCUUAAACAUAUGAUGAAAUGAUCCAUUAAGCUAUUGAAUGAUGGGAAGUUUGUAUCAACUCUUAUCUGUACUGAAAAUACUUUCUCUCACAAUACUGUGAAUUUUACCAAACAACAGUAAAUGUAUUUAAGCUCCUAUAACCAAAUGUGCUCACUUUUAUAAAGUGUUAUAUUAUAGUAAUAAUGUGUAUUUUACUCAGACAUUAACACAUGUACCUUUAGCAGUAUUUAGCUUUAAAUCCAAACAGGCAGCGGUUUACGUAGAAAGAUGUAUCCUAACCUAAAGGACAGGAAGUUCAGCUUAAUCAGAGUGUGUUUGGAUCGCAUAAAAACAACAGAUAGCUGACAGCUUAUAAAGCAGAGCUCUUUUUCCUAAACGGAUCAGCUCUGCGCACAAAUUAUGAAAAGUACAGAAGGUUUGCAUUCGGACUGAUUUUGGUUGUAAGAACUUUCUUUCCAAGCAAAAUAAACUCACCAGCUUAGUUGCUUUUUUCAAUUAGGUAAACUUGACACUUGGGUCAAAUCUAUUCAAAAUAAAAUGUUUGUGUUUUGUGAAAUGUCAGUUUGUUGUUUCAUAUGGAAAUUGUAUUAAUUCCUUUUUUAUUUACCGUAUCUAUAUAUUCUGUCAUUGUUGAGUGAAUAAAUACCAACCUGUGUGAGUAUGAUGCAUAUUUGCAUGCACGUGCACUAUUACUUGCACACCUUGAGUGAUUUGCACACUUGUAUACAGAAGAACAAACAACCUUUCAGUUCGACUGUUUAUUUUACCACUAUUCAUCAAAGGGAUUUAUAAAAACCUGUGAUUGGUUGUGUGUGUUUUCCUCGUUUUACCUUUACAUCAGUGCUGCUGUUUACACCAAUAAAUUGCUUUCUCUUCCAUUUG